CAGGCACCUUCCAGCGAGAUGAUUGAGAAACUCCAGGCGGUGCCAGGUUCCCUGGAAGUUUGUCGUUUCGGGAUGUCUUGCCAAAGAGCCGGAUGUUGGUACUCGCACCCUGCGGGACGUUUGGUUGACCUGAAUCCCACCAAAGCUUUGUGCUUUCGAGGUGCAGAGUGUGACAAGAUCGAUUGUUGGCGCCUACAUCCCCCAAUGUCUCCACCUGGGGAUUUUCUCAUCUUUUUGGAUGAGAUUCCGAUGCCCUUCCGUCCCGAAUUGAAGCCUGGCCCUGGCGAUCGAGAGGUCUUCAUUGAUCCCUUGCCCGCGGACUAUGGCAGCGACGAGCUGCAAGAGUUCUUGGCCGCCUUUGGGGAAGUGGAGGAAGACUUGGUCACCAGCUCCAAAGUCUUGGGCGCCGCGAUCUUGGCCCGACAAGACCGUGGCUACCGGGCUACAUCGGGCUACCGGGUCGGUGGUUCCACUGGGUCACAGUUGGAGGCUAUGGCUGCGCCGAGCCUGGACGACUUCGACCUGGUCCAAUGUGGAAAGACGCUCAAAGCCUACGCCCAGCGCAGCGACUGGCGAGCUGCCGUGAAACUGCUCUCGACCCUGGAGGCUGAGACGCUGAUGGAUGCAUUGGAAGCCAGCUCUACCAAGGCCAAUGUCAUCCUCUACAGUACAGUGGUGACAUGCUGCGAGCGAUGUCACCAAUGGACUGCUGCCUUGCAGUUGCUGAGAGGGGCGGAGAAGCAGAGCAUUGAAGCAGACACCAUUCUCUACAACAGCGGAAUCAGCGCAUGUGUCAAGGGUUCAGAAUGGCAGGGUGCUUUGCAACUGUUGCGGGGCAUGCAAGACAAGAGCAUUCCUGCCAGCGUCAUCUCGUUCAACUCGGCCUUGAGUGCCCCUUCUGGCCGGAGCUGGCGCUUGAUGCAGCUGUUGCUGGCCGAGCUGCGAGACACACAGCUCCAGGCCACUGUGGUGAGCUACAACAGUGCGAUCUCUGCCAGCGUUGCAAGUUGGUCGCUGGCAUUGGCCUUGGUGGCUGAGCUGCACCUCAAACAGCUCCAGCCGGAUCUCAUCAGCUACAACGCAGCGAUGGAUGUGAUCGGCUCCUGGCGUAGGGCCCACAUGUUGCGUUCUUCCAUGGCGGCAUUUGCACAGCCGGAUGUCGUGACCCUGGGAGCAGUCAUGACGGGCAAUCGGUGGGAAAGAUCCCUGCAGCAGGUGCAGACAGAGAGACAUGAGCUGAACAUCGUGGCCUGCAACGCCGCCAUGGCGUCCUGUGGCUCGUUGUGGCUCCGUGCAUCUUCACUGCUGACGGAAGCGCUCGCUCUGGAGCUCCAGCCGGCUUCCAGAAGUCAGAACAUCCUCCUGUCAACCCUCGCCUGGCAAGAUGCUUUGAACUUUUUGCGAAAAGCCAAAGGCCUGGGCAUCGAGAGUGAUGCCAUCACCUUCAACAGUAUCCUGAAGAUCUGUCAACCCGCCUGGGACACUGCGUUGAUGGCACUGAAGGAGAUGCAGCUGUUGCAAAUCCGAUCUGAUUUGAUUUCCUACAGCUCAUUGAUGGGCGAUGAAGAAGAGAACUCUACGAGGGGCUGGUCAACAGCGAUGGCUUUGGUGUUGGUUUUGCAACAGAAGCAGUUGCGUUUGGAUGCCAUUGCAGCCAACUCGUUGCUAGGUGCCAUCUCCGAUGUGGGCUGGCAAGUGAGCCUCGACAUUCUGGCCACACACAUCCAUCAGAGCCUUCGGGCAGAUGUGGUUGCGAUGAAUGAAGCCAACGUUGCCAUUGAAAAAUCCUUGAAGUGGAGGAGAGCUUUUAGCUUUAUUUUGGACCAGGGUUCCACUGGGAUGAUUGGCGGAGCACCAGAUCUUUCGUUGCUCCUGGUGUCUUUCAAUGCUGCGGCAGCGGCCACAGGCGGUGAGGGGCGUUGGGAUUUGGCUUUGGAGGUGAUGAUGUGUCUGGAGAGACACGGAGCGUCGCCCGACAUUAUCACCUUCAAUUCGGCCAUGAAUUCGUGCAAGAAGAGCGAGAAAUGGUCCCGUGCCGUGGGACUUUUGGCUGCUGCGGCCCAGCGCCAGCUGUGCCCAAGCCUGAUCACCUUCAAUGCGUUGAUCAGCGCUUGUGAGACUCGUUGGCGUGACUCGGUGAGGCGUUUAGGCCUCAUGAUGCUGCCAGAAGUGCAGAGAAGCGGUGCAGCCAAUGUCAUCACAUGCAGUAGCAUCAUCAGCACUGCCGGGAAUCGCGGCACCUGGCAGAUGGUAUCAGAUCUCUAUUGGAGUGAGAUGCCUCUACAACGGCUGCAACCCAGCGUUUUGACGACCAGUGCCUUGUUGAGUUCCAUGUCCCACAGCUGGAAACACGUGCUGGAGCUGCUGCUUGUCGCCUGCUGCGAAGAAAACCCCACGAUCAUGGCCCUGAAUUACUGCACUGCAGUGAGCUCGACAAGUCUGGCAGGACAACUGGAUUAUGCCACAAGAUUGUUGGUGGAACUGGAGGGACUUUCCAGCAGCCAACUGAGAUUUGCCGUAGAGUUUUGUGGCACUAAAAGGGACUUUGGUGGCCAGAUAGCUGGCAAUGGAGGCAUCGCAGCUCAGCAAACUCAAGGCAAUUUGCCGCUUGGUCGAUUUGGUGCUGUGGGUAGGACCGCUCUGCAACUUUUGGCAAGUUUGGAUGCCAAGAGUUUGCGCCACUGGACUGAUUUAGGUCCGGCAGAGAACACUGUGGAUCGCGGGUCGCAGUUGAGCAAGGACGACGAGGACGACGAGGACGACGAGGAGGACGAGGAGGAGGAGGAGAGGAGGACGAGGCAGGAGGAGGCGGAGGAGGAGGAGAAGGAGGAGGAGAAGGAGGAGAAGGAGGAGGAUGUGGUCUCUUACAACACCGUGGUUCCCUUGCUGCCCUGGCGCCUGGCCAUGGCCCUUCUGGGCGGCGUCCGUGGCGCCUGGGACGUGGUGACCUUCAACAGCCUGGCGCUUUCGUCGUGGCGCAAAACGCUGGGAAAGCUGGAGGAGCUGGCGCAGCAACAGCUGCAACCUGACCUGGUGACCUUCAAUUCAGCCAUUUGUGCAUGUGACCUAUGGAGGCUGUCGCAAGAACUUGUGACGAUGAUGGAGAUGCAGACGGUGCAGAGUGAUGUCGUCACACAGACCUCUUGCAUCAGUGGAAACCAGAAAACCUGGCGCAGCAGCUGCCAGUGGCUCGCAGAUUUUGCAAACAGACAUGUGGCUGGAAACCUCUUGACCUUGAACGCUUGCAUCAGCGCGACUGGCGCGACGGGCGCGACGUCGUGGCCCUUGAGCCUGGCACUCUUCAAGGCCUCCACGCAAUGGAGGCUGCAGCCGGAUGUCAUUAGCCACAACGCGGCUAUCAGCUGCAACAGCGACAGGUGGCCAGCAGCGAUGGACAUUUUCCACCGCAUGCAGCAGCACGCCAUGAGACCGAGCUCCAUCUCCUACAACACGUUCAGUGGCGUUUGUGAUCGCCACCAGCUAUGGCCCCACAGCCUUCGGAUCGGCCUCAGCCUGGCCAGUCCUUGGCGCUGGGCCCUGCAGAUGCCACGACUUGCGGAGACCAAGCUGAUGCGAUGCAGUGCUGCCAUCAGCGCCCUUAGCGCCAUACGAGAGGGCUGGCAGAGGGCUGCCUGUUUGGUGGCCGAUCUGCGGCGUGAUGGACCGAUCGGCACGCAACCCAAUGUCAUCGUGUACAAUUCCAUGGUGAGCGCGUGCGAAAAAUCCCACGGCUGGCAGAUGGCACUGCAGAUUAUGGAUCCAGCAGACCUGGUGUCCUUCAACAGCAGCAUCAGCGCCUGUGAAAAAGCCGAGCAGUGGCAGGAGGCGCUGGGCCUUCUGGCGGAGCUUCCAAUGUCCCCGGACGUGGUGACAUGCAAUGCCGCUCUCAGCGCCUGUGAGAAGCGGCGACGAUGGCAACGUGUUUUGUGGAUGCUGCAGUCUUUUCCUCUGAUGGACUGGACCAACACAUCAUGCAACGCUGCCAUUGCUGCUUGUGAGAAGGGCAUGGCUUGGAGACGCGCUGUCACAUUGUUGACCGAACAGUUCCAGGACUUUCGUCUUCGCUGCGACGAGGUGUCCUACAGUUCUGCCCUGGCCUCGUUGUCCCCCUUCAACUGGCGGUUGGCCCUGAAGUUCUUAGCGCAGAUGUGGCAGCGAGCCUUGCAGCCAGGUUUGGUGGCCUACAGCGCUGCAGUGUCCAUUUGUACCAGAGCCAGUCGGUGGCAGGAAACCUUGGCAUUGAUUGCGGAAGCUGAUCUGAGGCGUAUCACCCUGGACGGUGCCACCUUGGGUGAUGCCCUCGAGGGGACGGACGCAUCGCCAGACGCAUCCGCAUUGCUGGGACGGAUCCAACGGGAAGGAGAGUCUUGGUUAGCUUCGCUGCAUCAGUCGUUUUGA